UUAUUCUACAGUUUGCAUCACUUAUUUCUUAAACCAUAUUUAAAGAUGACUUAAAUGAAUUAGUUGAAUGAAUUAGAUGAAUUAGUUAAAAUAUGAAAUGUUCAAUUUAUUUGACAUGGAUAAAUAACAGGUACAUGCUAAUUUGUAUUAAUAGUGCACAGUGCCUGUGUGGAGUUUUUUCAGUGUUGUGAAUGCUCAAAGAUAAAUUUAUGUAAUGAACAUUACAUAAUAAUCAUGAGGGUUUGAAAGAAAGUUCUGUGUCUGAUGUAGAGAUCGAUGGAUUAGUCCGCAAAGGUUAUAACAGAAAUAAUUUUUCAGGAAGCAGACAGCGUCUCAAAACUAUCUGUCUAGCUAAGAGCAGUUUAAACUAGUCCACGCUAUUCUUCAGCACAGCUAUCACUUUAAAUUCAAGUCAUUGGGCUACAGCCGCCCUAAGAAAACGAUUUUGCACGGCACACUGCACCCAAUACAUCAUUUCAAAGUGACCGAAAUGCGCGCUUUUUGUAUUUCUUCCUAUUGAUCAUGCAGAAAGUAAUCUUUCCGAAGUUAAUAAGUGAUGGCAUUUCCAAAACGGCAGGAACACUCAUAUUUAGGUCAAAAUCGGCUGGUGGUGGGACAGGGUCGCUGCUGCUGGCUGAAGCCUCCACAUUGAUACAAAAGGCACACAGAGAAAGCUCUCAUUUCCUUUUAAAAAGGAGGUGGUGCUUAGAAGUACAUAAAUAGAAAUCUCUGGCCCAGUCUGGUAUGUGGAACUUUGAAACAAGUUUGCCUUUAAAACAAAUAAGAAAGUAAACCACUUCUCUCUUUUUAGUUUCUUCGCUUUUCCGCAGUACUUGCAAACCUUUUAAAAUGACUGUUGUAAGCCUGAGGAACAGGUACUAUGGGACCUUUAACGUGGCCAACAUGACGUUCGGACUUCCUGAAUCCUCUGUGCUGCAGCCCAUAUGGGACUACCUCCACAAUAACUAUGAGAGUACGCUGAGGUCACCUCUCUUCCCAGUUCUCCUGUCUGUGUCCACUUACCUCCUCCUGGUGGCGCUAUUCACGGUCUUGGAUGUCCUGGCGCCACACUGGCCCAGCAUCAAUAGAUAUAAGAUCCACCCGGAAAAGCCAGUUACCCGGACGCAUAUUUGGAGGACUCUGGGCCUCACCACCUAUAACCACCUCAUCUACAUCUUCCCAGCAGCGGUGGGGCAGUGGCUCUGGAGGCCCCCCACCCCCUUACCCAAAGAAGCUCCAUCUCUCACUGAGUUUCUGCUGGGGAUCCUGGGAUGCACCAUUCUGUUCGACUUCCAGUACUACCUGUGGCACCUCCUGCACCACAAGAUCGGCUGGCUAUACCGGACCUUCCACGCCAUCCAUCACCAGUACAACGAGCCCUUCAGCCUGGUCACCCAGUACCUCUCUGCAUGGGAGCUCUUCAGCGUCGGCUUCUGGACUACAGUGGACCCCCUACUGCUUCAGUGUCAUUGCCUGACUACUUGGGGCUUCAUGCUCUUCAACAUCUGGAUCUCUACUGACGACCACUGCGGUUAUGACUUCCCGUGGUCGUUGCAUAACCUAGUGCCCUUCGGACUUUGGGGGGGCUCCGUCAAGCAUGACGCCCACCAUCAGAAGCCCAACACCAACUUUGCCCCGUUCUUCUCCCACUGGGACUGGCUAGCAGGAACGGGAUCGAAUCUCGCCCAGUCAGCCGCCAUGAGAAAAAGGGAGAGUAAAGGAGCCUGACUGUCACUGACUCUCAUGUUUGCUAAACAUGUGUAAGAUUAGUACUAACUUUCAAAUGCAAUAUAGAGGGAAACAGAGAUCAAAGGCUGUAUUUCUAUAUCAAUGAAAAAUAUGUAAUUGUAUUCUAUUUUGAGUCGAACGGGUUUCUGAAUGUAUUUUUAUUGCCUAAUGUAAUUUGCCAUUUGUAGGUUGAUGAAUAAUAUUUAUAUAUAUUGUUUUGACCUACUGACAUUAGGUAUAAUGCUUUUACAAAAAGGAAAAAAAAAAUCAUUUCUCAAAUCAAAGGUAUCAGAGUAAUUAUACAGCCCAACAAGUUGUAAACAAUCAUAAAAAAAUAACUGCAUGACUUACAGAAGGUUGCUAAAUUUAGCUGGUGUUUGUCUUUUCGUGUUGUCCUUUUUGUUGUUUAUAAUUUAUCACUAAUACCAUUUUUUUGGUAUUUGGAUAUUUUAUAUUUGUUUCCUCGUGGUUGUUUAUCAAAAAAUAGAGGUGGAGGGAUAUGAAUACGUCAAAAGUAAUAAAGAAAAACUCGUAUCGUUGCAAAUUAAUAUUUUGAUUGCCAUAUUCAGUUUUCACAAACUCAGGAUAUCAGCUUUUUUUCUGCAUUAUUGGCAGCGAGAACGAUUCGGAUUAACAAUUAACAAAGUCAAAGGAAGAAACGUUUUGUCAACAUAAGACACAGGAACCGACACAGCGAGAAUUACAGUGCUGUUAUGUAAGAUAAAAAAAAAAAAUAGUCAGAUUUGAUGAAUAGACUGAGACUGACCGCUGAGACUAUUGAAUGUUUCUGCUUGUGUCUUGAUCCCUAAGGCUCCACAAAAGCGUUGCCAAAAAAUAUGUGCGAUCCAAUAUAAUUCAUGGCAACAAUAUUAAUUAAUCAUUGCUCUUUCAUACACCAUCACUGGUUGAACCGACCAAACGAGACGGGAAUUUUUCAGGCUUUCCCACCACAAAAACACCUUUGUAAUCCGUGGAUGGGAGGAAACAAAAACAGGAAUUCCAGCGAAGAUCCAGUGCUUUUCAAGGAAAUCUUGGCAACGCAUCAAGAAAACAAAAUCAGAAAAAAUUAAACGUUCAUUUUUCUUUCGGAUCUUUCUGCGAUAAUUUUGCAAUGAGUGCGUGAGACUCUUUGGAAGCCGAAACAUACGUUGCCUCUUGUUUUACAAAUUAACGACGUUCUUUUGUUUUUAUCUUUGUAAAAGAUGACGUCUUUCACGAAAUGUAUGGAGACGUGCUGUAAGGGGCAUAGCGCCCCAAAAUAUAUUCUCCAUGAAACAGAUAAGAGAAUUCACAGUGAUAUUAUAGGGAGGAUUUGUGUAUCUUUGCAAACUAUUUUAUUAUUAUGUUUUCCAGAAACGUGUAUUUAAUAAUGUUCUAUGGUGGCAUGGCAGUAAUGUCUAAAAAUUGUAACGUCUUAUAUGAAAUGCGUCUACUGUCGUACCAUACAAUCAUUUUCAUUAUGGUCUGAAAUAUACUGAGAAUUUAAAACAAAAGUUAUGAGCAUGGGUGUCCAUUAAUUGGCGGGAAACAACAGGCGAGAGCAGGCAUAAACAGUUAUUGAAACAUAAUUAAAAAUAAUUCAAAAACACGUAGUUUAUAUGCGUCAGCUACUUAAA